UCCGCGCUCUCGGUCUCUCUCCCUAUAUAACCUCAUCCGCGUCUCCCCUUCCACCUCAAGGCAGCCUCUCUCUCUCGCUCUCUCUCUCGUUCGCCUUGCUUCGAAGCUGAAUCCUUGGUGGGGAAAUUGCGAUGGCUCCGAGGGCAGCGAAGGGCGGCGAGGCAGAGAGGGAGCUUAAGGAGGCGCGGUUCCGGGGCGUGAGGAAGCGGCCGUGGGGGCGGUACGCGGCGGAGAUCCGCGACCCAGUAAAGAAGACCCGCGUUUGGCUCGGCACCUUCGCCAGCGCUGAGGAGGCGGCACGCGCCUACGACGCCGCUGCCCUCCGGUUCCGCGGCCUCAGUGCCAAGACCAACUUCCCCUGCCCCGGUCCUCCCCACGCCCUCGCCAACCCCUUCAGCCCCACCAGCAGCAGCGGCACCGUCGAGUCGUCCACCCCUUCCUCGAAGGCCACCGCAGCCGCAGCAGUCCUCACACCGCUCGAUCUCGAGCUGGGCCACGCGUCCGCCCGCUCCUCCCUGCCGCGCAGCCCGGUGGCCAUGGAUCGGGCAGUGGCCUCCACCGGGUUCAUGGGCGUCGGGAUGGGGGGUUGUUCCUUCGCCAUGGAUUACUCUCUCUCGCCGGCGGCGCCGCCGACGAGGCUUCCCUUCGACGUCGACCUCAACCUUCCGCCUCCGCCCGAGGUCGCCUGAUCCAAACGCCAGCGUUGCCGAUGUCGAGAGAUUCGGAUCACAAAAUUUGCCGACGUUGACCUCAACCACAUACAAAAUUUUCAGCUUAUGUUUGACAAGCUGUAUCUAUCAUUUUUCCUUUUUUUUCUGGCACUGAGAAAAAGUAAAAGCCAUCUCAGAAAUGGAACUCAUUGUUAUUAAAUUAAAUAAAAUUAAAUUAUUUUUUGGCCAAAA